AUGAACAGCGACUGCGAAGGUUCAAUUUCGUCUACACGACCGCGCACAACUUCCAGUGGACAUCCGGAACCUGAGGAUGCGACGAUUGGAGUCGUAGUCGAUCCUUCAAUCAUGCGCGACCAAGGAAUUCCCGGUAUUAUACCUCCAACGCGUCCAUCAUCAUCGUCUCAAAAUGACACUGUAAUUCGUUUCCGCGAUGCUUUAGGUCGGUCGAGUCCAAUUCCGGAUCUCCCAAUUCGUCGUGAUAGUAAAAGUGUUCGAAUUGAUGAGAUUGCUUCUCCACAGUCAUUAGAUUAUGGCUGCGACAGCGAUGAAAGUUCGGAUGACGACGAAAUUCAAUACUGCGAUUGCGUUGCAGCUGCCCUACAGCACUCUUUACCUGGAACUCCUGGAAAAAUUGGGGUUAUACCAUAUACGGCUGUUUAUGAUACACAACAGCAAGCUCGACGAAGAGGUUAUUGGAUUCCAGGAGUACCAGUUAAUGCGAAAAUUGUGAAAGUUGAAAGAAAUACGGAUCGUGGGAUCCAUCUUAUCAACAGUUUACUAUACACAAUCGAAUUGGAACACGGAAAAUUUCGCUGGACUGUGGUUCGAAACUUCAGAGAUUUUACAGUCCUCAAUAAUCGCUUAAUGGCACAUAGAGCUCAUGAACAUAUCAUGGCUCCAAUCAAAAGGACACAAGAGCGUUUUGAUACCUAUUUGGAGAAUAUUGGCAUCGAUAUUAUACCGGAUCAUAAGCCUGAAUGCCCGUAUUCGGACUCACGAAGAAAAAAGCAUCCACAUAUGAGUGUUCUUAAACGCGACACUAAUGAGUUCGAGGUACCACGCGGCGCUCCUUUGGCUAGCAUGGAUUCUCCGAUAACUCCGGAGCAAAAUGGCGGUGCGAACGAAGAAGAAGCUGUGAAAGUAGAUGCAAGCAUUCAAAAGGCUGUUCAAUCCGGAAUUCUCGAUGAUUCGAAAGGAUCUGAAGGUUCGGCUAAAAGAAGCCGCCGACAGAGAAAGCGCGAUCGGCACACUCUUCCACGAUUUCCGAUGAUGCCAGAUUCGUUGGUGACAAAUUUGGAUCAGCGAAGAGAACAGCUCGAGAAUUGGCUUCAAAUGGUAUUGCACAUUCCGAUUAAUCGAAAUCACCACGAAACGGCGGAGUUCCUUGAAGUAUCGCGAUAUUCGUUUGUCAAUGAACUAGGUGGCAAGCAUUCAGAAGGAUUCGUUAAGAAGAGACCAGGAGGUUCUCGGGUGUUUCUCGGUUGCAAACAAUGUUGUGUUCGGUAUUUUCUGCCUUGGAGCAAACGUUGGUUGAUGGUCCGCGACUCUUUUGUUGCUUAUAUGGAUCCUCGGACUGAGCAAAUUCGAAUGGUUCUUCUUAUGGAUAAGGAGUUCAAAGUAGCGGCAGGAGGAACUGAAACAGAAGGAAUUCCUACUGGCCUCAUUAUCACGAAUAUGCAACACGAGCUUCAUCUGAAAUGUCGAAGAAAGCAAGACACUUCGAAUUGGAAACAAAUAAUAGAGAUAUCAAUGCAAGGCAUCGGCAAUGUUUGGUUGCAGCCUCAUCGAUUUAGCUCAACAUUUCCUGUUCGAGAAAAUUCCUACGCGAAAUGGUUUGUUGACGCCAAAUCAUAUAUGGAAUACGCUGCCGACAUGAUGGAACUGGCUCGAGAAGAAAUUUUCAUUACUGAUUGGUGGCUGAGUCCUGAGAUUUUUAUGAAGCGACCAGCGUUGGAAGGAGAUUAUUGGAGACUUGAUCAAAUUUUAAAGCGGAAAGCGUCGCAGGGUGUCAGGAUUUUUGUUUUGCUAUACAAAGAAGUUGAAAUCGCAUUAGGACUAAAUAGCGCUUAUACAAAACGAACACUUCAAGCACUUCAUGAAAACAUCAAGGUGAUGCGCCAUCCUGAUCAUUAUCCAGGAACUGGAACUGUAUUUUGGGCUCACCAUGAAAAGCUUUUAGUAAUUGAUCAGCUGAUUUCAUUCGUAGGCGGUGUCGAUUUGUGUUUUGGACGUUGGGACGAUAAUCGUCAUCUUCUUACUGAUAUGGGAUCCGUUCAAUUUUCCGCUCGUCAUGCAGUUAAUACCAAUAUGGCUAGUGGACUUCGAUCUUUGAUAAGCGCACCAUUGACAUUGUCGCCAUUGGGACUCGAAGAAAAUGAAAAAAUAGUUCCAAGAGAGCCGACAAUUGAUGAAGUCGAUGAAGUUGCUGAACGAGACAAAGUUCAAACAGCUGAAGAGAAUGGAUUGGUUGAAGAAACUGUUUAUACCGAUAAAGAAACUGGACAAGUGGCUGUGAGAGUUUUGAGACGAGGUAAUCAUUAUCCCACGAAAACGGGUGAUCCAGUUCGUCAUUCGAGUCCGGCAGAUCCCGUCAAAACCUGGAAAGUUGAGAAGACGGAGACAAUGACUGAAUCAACAUCAACAGAAAACAAUAAAACCACAAUACAUUCGAAAAUGUCAGCGGUCGAGACCGCCAAAAUCAAAUUUAUGAGCACAGGUGGUGCGAAUAAGCAUAUUCGGCGAUCUGCCUCAUCAGCCGAACGACAAAGGAAAAAGGUUCCAUUGGAAAUACUCGACAAAGCCGGACCGGCGACGUCGAUGGUCGAAAAGGCAGCGAAAAGUGGAAUCGAUCUAUCGGAAGCAAAGAAAAAGUAUAAAGAAUAUGUAGACAGUGGAGCUGUAAAGAAGGAAAAACAACGAGCUCAAACUCCUCCCAACGGAAGAAAGAAGAAAUUGUCGACAGUUGUUCAGAACUGGAAGAGUAACAGAGCCAAAAGAAAGUGGAAGCAAAUGCUCGAAAAUGACGACGCGACAAUUGGAUAUGAACUUGAUUGGUUGAGACUUCGCGAAAUGAGUAGUGAUGCUGAUGGAAAAGAUGAAAUCGAUGGCGGUGUCAAGUUAUGGUAUGGAAAGGAUUAUGUCAAUUAUAUUGCCAAAGACUUUGUCGAAGUUGAUAUGCCAUUCCACGAUUUCAUUGAUCGUGGAACUACUCCAAGAAUGCCGUGGCAUGAUAUUCAUUCGGUUACUUUUGGAUCACCAGCACGUGAUAUUGCAAGACAUUUCAUUCAGCGUUGGAAUUCGACAAAAACUGAAAAGCUAAAAGACGAUCCAAAUUAUCCAUUCCUUCUUCCAAAAAGCUACGAGAAUAUAAAAGUUCCUCGCGUUUUCAAAUCAAGUGCUGUCAGUGAGCAGGUUGAUGUUCAGGUUAUUCGUUCAUUAUCAAAGUGGUCUGGACUACUCCAACAAACGGAAGAUUCCAUUCAAAUGGCCUAUUUGUCAUUGAUAGCAAAUUCAAAACAUUAUAUCUACAUCGAAAAUCAAUUCUUUGUGUCAUUGAUUGAGAACAACGAUGUUACCAAUGAAAUUUGUAAAGUAAUUCAUGACCGAAUUAUUCGAGCUUACAAAGAAAAGGAGAACUAUCGCGUUUAUAUUAUGAUUCCACUAUUGCCUGGAUUCGAAGGAGAUGUUGGUGCAGCUGGCGGAUCAUCACUUCAGGCAGUCCUUCAUUGGACCUAUUUGUCUUUAAGUCAAGGGCCUAAUUCGUUGAUUGAAAGACUUAAACUUGUCAUUCCUGAUCCUUUCAAAUAUCUUCACAUUGGCUCAUUAAGAACUUAUGAUCGACUCGGACAAAAAUUGGUCACCGAAUUGAUUUAUAUUCAUUGCAAACUGCUGAUUGUUGACGACGAAACAGUUAUUAUUGGAUCCGCGAAUAUCAACGAUCGAUCGCAGGUUGGAAACCGUGAUUCGGAAGUAUGUUGUGUUUACACGGAUAUUGUGAAGGAAAGUUCGAUGAUGGAUGGAAAACCAUAUGAAGCUGGAAGAUUUGCGAAGAGUUUACGAUUACAAUGCAUGAAGGAGCAUCUUGGAUUGUUGUCCGAUUCUCGGCGAAAGGCUGUAUUCGAAUAUGACGUUUCGUGCGACGAUCCAGUCGCUGACUCAUUCUUUGUCGAUGUUUGGCAAUCAACCGCAAAACGCAAUGCCGAUAUUUACGAAGAGGUGUUCCGCGCGUACCCGACCGAUAAUGUUGAAACAUUCGAAGAAUUUGAGAGAUGGACUUCGCAUAUGCCAAUGUCGGAAUAUGCGCCACAGCAGGCUGAAGAACGAGUUCGAGACUUGAGAGGAACUCUGGUUGAUUUCCCGCUGAACUUUUUGCGAAAAUCGACAUUGGCUCCAGGGAUCACCACAAAAGAGGGGCUAAUUCCGAACAAUGUUUUCACAUAA